AAUCGAAAUGGAAAGCUGACGAUGCCAUCCGAUUUUGGCAACAAAAAUACGACAGAAACAACAGGAUGUUGGAUUGAAAUGUCAAAUAUUUCCUCUGGAAUACAAUUUCGUCGAUAUUUCACAUUCUCCGAACUAAAAUAGCUCUUGAACGAUUCUUUCUUGGUAGGUUUACAAACUGUAAACGUCUCCUUUUAAAGUACUUGAAAGUAAAUUUGGCACGGGGUAACUUUUCCACAAGUGAUGGUAAUUUGAAGAUGGACUAUUGACCACUGUUCGCCCACUGGUAGCUAAAAAUUAUUGCUGUUGCAUGAGCUAUUUGUCCUAAUGUUUUCGCAUAUACAAAAAUAAUAGUUUCUGCUUCGCCUGGAAGAGAACCAAAACAAUCGAAGGUGGCGAUAAACCGCACGUUGAAAAGAGUUGUUUAUUUUUAUUUUUAAGAAUGUUCCUGUCAUCGCCUUCUUGGCAGAAGGGCCGGAGCGACUUUAUUUCUUCUGUUCAUGCUUAGAUUUCGAAGAAAGCCAUAGUCAAAACAUGCCUUGCUGGCCAUUACACCUUCUACCUAACGUCCCUUUUUCUUAUACAAUCAUUCCGAUCUCCUGUGCACUUUAACUUGAGCGCGAAAUGUUUGGCGGUUUUACCUUCAAUUGUUGUCAGCUAGUCGGAGGCUGAAAAACAGAUGCGUUUUCUCCUCAAAUCAUUUUGGGAGAUCAAUCCGCUGAGGAACCAAAACAGGUUUUAUAAGGAGAUUUCGAUGACAGUUCGGCAUUCCAGAGGGUGAUCAUACGGGAACUGCGCGAGUGGGCGGAAGUGACGAUAAAGGGAAGGCGGAGACCGAAUAACAUUCGACGAUUCUGAUUGGUCGAUCAAUUAGCAAAUGCGCGGCAAGAACGCGCGGAGUUAAUGAAGUACCUAUUUUCUGAGCGAGAUUGAGUGUGACAGGUCAAGGCUGACCGAAUAUUUCUAUACUGGCUGGGUCUACAGGAAGGUGACUUCGGAUUGAAACUCUUCGACUUGUAGAUUUGUGACAAGCGGGGAGCCUUGACUAUCAUUCACAAUGGCCCUUACCCCGCGCACAGAACCGAUUGAAAAUUACUUCGAUAUUUUCGACGAAAUUGGAAGAGGGCAGUAUGCGGUCGUGAAACGUUGUAGAGAAAAGGCAACGGGGAAGGAAUUCGCUGCUAAGUUUGUCCGCAAGAGAAGGAAAGGCAAAGACUGCAGAGCCGAGGUCUGGCAUGAAGUGGAAGUGUUGAACGCGACGAAUUUUCCUCAUCAACAUCCACAGAUAAUCACACUUUACGAUGUUUUUGAGACCAGGAGCGAGGUCAUUCUCAUCUUAGAACUCGCACUCGGCGGGGAUCUACAUCGGCACUGCAUCGCUUACGAUAGCGACGAACCUGCUUCGAGUAGAAGCGAAAGAGAAGUGGUGUUUUUACUCAGACAGAUUCUCGAAGGUGUCAAACACAUGCACGAUCAGGACUACGUUCAUUUAGACAUUAAGGUGAGAAGUGUGAGGCCUGUGGUGUUGAUAUUGUGUUUGAGUUGUUCUUGCUUCCUAAUGUUUGUUUGGUUUGCUGGAGAAGAUAAACAAGAAACAUGCUACAAUGUUUCCUUAGCUUCGCUAGAUUUUCCAGAGGAGUAUUUUAAGAACAUCUCUCACACUGCACAGGAUUUUAUUAAGAGACUUCUUCAAAGAGAUGCAGAUGACAGGCUGUCAGUCCAAGAAUGUUUAAAUCACCCCUGGCUAAAUACAGAGGAACUUUUCCAACGAAGUCCCAUACGGAAGAGUAGACGGUCUUAUGGUUCAGAGCAAAGUAAAAAGAGGAAAAAGAUUCGAAAGAUGCAACAGCAAAAUGGGAUAGCUGAUGGGAAAGUGAUGACCAUUGUGAAUGGCAGUGAUUCAAGAUGAGAAAACCUUCCACCACGCCAUCAUGAUAUGCUCAGCAGUAUUCCAGGCAUUUGCAUAAUUGCGAUACAGAAGCAGAAAUUUUUGCUGUGGAAUGUAGAUACAUUUGACUGGCCCUACUGUACAUGUGGUUGCCCAGUAUUUUAUCUGAACCACAAUGGAUCCAAGUCUCCACUGGCUGGAAAUGGUGAGAAUUUCCAGGCCCAGUAAGAUCCUGAACCUACAAGUUACAGAAUGGAAAAGUAUAAUAAUAUAUUUAAAGACUUCUGUUCUGGAAUCUGUAAAUGCCAAAUGCCGUUACAGUAAAGGCACUUUUGGGA